AUGGCCCGUGCAAUGAGCGUGGCUGUGCUGGCCCUGACCGCGGCCUCCAUCCUUUGCUUCGUCCCGGCGCCCCAACAAAUUGCGGCACCUCACCGUGGCACAAUUCAGGCGCCUGCCUCGCUUUCGCCGGAGUCUUCCAACUCCGCGCAGUCCUCGAACUGGGUGUCCCCCAUGCUGGGCCUGGUCGCCUGCGUCCUUCUUGGAGCGCAGGCAGCGACCGCCAGCCCGGCCACCCCUUCCAUCGCUCCAUGGGGCUCCGCCUCGUCCAGGUCGGCUCAGGUGGACUUUGUCACUCAUCCGCCAGUGCCUCGCGAUGUGCUCGAGGAAAAGCAGAUGACGAAGGUGAAGCUGGAGGCAGCACCAAGCAGGAGGGAAAUUGCGGAGAAGGUCCGGCGACAGGAGAUGGAGUACUUGAAGUCGACGUAUGUCCCGGGUGGACCGAAGCCCGUGCGAAUCGCCAUGUGA